GCGGCCACGGCUGGGUCAGCUGCGGAGCAGAGCAGCCACCGCCGCCUGGGAGUCCGAGCCGCUAGUCCAGGCAGGGGCUGCCCGAAGUGGGAGAGCAGCGCGCCGGGAGAGGAGAGCGGCAGGAGCCAGGCCAGGACGUCCCUGCGGCGGGACAGCGGGACAGCAGGACCCCGGAGGCGCGCGGGGCGCUAGAAGGCGCGGCUGGUGGCGGAGCGAGUGGCGGCCGGCGGCACCAUGCGGCGAGGAGGGCUGCUGGAGGUCGCGCUGGCGUUCGCCCUGCUCCUCGAGUCCUACACGAGCCACGGGGCGGAUGCCAACCUGGAGGCUGGGAACCCGAAGGAGACCAGAGCCAACCGGGCCAAGAGAAGAGGCGGUGGAGGACACGAUGCUCUGAAGGG